ACGCUCAACGAGCGAAGCGUUGGUGAAAGUGAAGGGGGCGCGCGCUGGAAGGGUACGCGCAGAAAGCAGCUACGCAGGAUCGGAGCAGGGCAGAAGCCGAGCGGUGGAGCUGAAGAUGGCGGAUGGAGACAGCGGGAGUGAGCGCGGUGGUAGCAGCGGGGGAGGAGGCGGAGGAGGCGGCGGCGGCGGCGGCGGCGGCUUCCAGCACUUCCAGAGGGACCAGGAGACCCAGGAGCUGGCGUCCAAGCGCCUCGACAUCCAGAACAAGCGCUUCUAUCUGGACGUCAAGCAGAACAGCAAGGGCAGGUUCAUUAAAAUCGCCGAAGUCGGGGCCGGCGGCUCCAAAAGCCGGCUGACCCUCUCGCUGUCCGUGGCGGCGGAGUUCCGUGACUACCUCGGGGAUUUCAUCGAGCACUACGCCCAGCUGGGGCCUAGCAGUCCGGAGCAGAUAGCCCAAGCGACCGUGGGUGAGGACGGCGGGCCCAGGCGAGCUCUCAAGAGCGAGUUUCUCGUCCGGGAAAACCGCAAGUACUACUUGGACUUGAAGGAGAACCAGCGGGGGAGGUUCCUGCGUAUCCGGCAGACGGUUAACCGAGGGCCGGGCUUUGGAGUCGGGGGCCCUGUGGGCGGCAUGCUGGCCGGCCAGACCAUAGCCCUUCCGGCGCAGGGGUUAAUAGAGUUUAGAGACGCCCUUGCUAAGCUCAUAGACGACUACGGGGGAGACGACGAGGAGCUGGCCGGGGGCACAGCCGCCGCCGCGGGGUACGGUGAGCUGCCCGAGGGCACCUCCAUCAUGGUGGACUCUAAACGGUUCUUUUUCGACGUCGGCUCCAACAAAUACGGAGUGUUCCUGCGUGUGAGCGAGGUGAAGCCCAGCUACAGGAACUCUAUCACCAUCCCCUUCAAAGCCUGGAGCAAAUUCGGCGGAGCUUUCUGCAGAUACGCCGAGGAGAUGAAGGAGAUCCAGGAGAGGCAGAGGGAUAAAAUGUACGAGAGGAGAGACGAGUCCGAGGGAGAUGACGUGGAUGACGACUGAGAAAUUGAAGCAAAGCGGCUAUUAAUUAGUUCAGUUCAUGACAAGAUCUGCGACAUAGGGGUAUUUUGCAACAAAACAAAAAAUAAAAAGCAGAAAUGACAGAUAAAGUGCAUGACAAAUCGUGCUGUAAUAGCCUACUAAAGUAUCGUGGCGUUAAAAAAAAGUACAUGUGCAGGGAAUUAUUGGUGUAUUAUCCUAAAGUUUGUUAGAGGCGAGGGUUGGAGUGGUUGUGUGAAUCUCUGAAAGUGAUAUAAAAAAAAGUGGACUAAAUGUUUAAAUGAGAGAUAUCUCAUUGGUUGAGGAAAAAAAAAAGAGUGCUUUAUUAUAAAAACAAAGAAAAAAAAGGAAAGAGAGAACCUUCUAAAACCAGCAGAUCGGUUUUUAUAACUAGAAAUGAAGCCAAUGAAUGCUUUCCUAUCUGCAACAUAGUUUAUAUUUAAAGAGUAAGGAGGAGUCAAGCUGUUUAAGAUGUUUUCCUUGCUGAGUUUAAGGAGAGAGAACUAGCAUCCAUUGUAUUCCUGUUCCAGUCCAGGUCUCUCCUCCAGUGGGCAGUUUGUGGGAUAUUUUGCAAGUCGGUCAGAUGAACAAAAGAGAGGGAUACACACAUAUAUAUAUAUAUAUAAAGAUAUAUAUAUAUAGCAUGCUGCUGUCACUCUGUGCAUGUUUGCAUUGAUGUGGAACAGAUGCAGAGCUGUCAAACAACAUGGAGCCGUGCCUCAGCAGCAGCAGCAGCAGCAGCAGCAGGCCGUUAAUUGAAAAGAUUACCCAAAAAAUGUUAGGGGAAGUUACUGAGAGGAUUAUCUGUAAGCCCAAACAACAAGGGCCUCACAGACUAAAAAAAAAAAAAAUUAAAGCUUUUGACUCCAGUAGUCAAUUACAAUGUGUAUCAGCUGGGUUUUAUGUUAUACAUACAAUCUUGGCAAUAUCUUCAAAGCUUAACUUAUAUUGUUUCAGUGAGCAUCCGUUACAGCGAUGGAAGAGCAGUGUGUUUCCUCGCACCAGAGCAUCCCUGGUGUCUGGAGAAAAAAAAAAACAUGGAAAGCCAACAAGUGGGGAGAGGACUGAAUUUUAUGUGUGUGUGUGUGUGUGUGUUUUUUUUUUUUUGUGGGACAACAUACAGAUAUUUUAUGGGACUUUCCGGUGCUCGUUUGCUCCCACAUUGCCACUACGAGGGUCCAAAUAUCUGGCAGUCGGACGGAUACACUGACCUUCUAUCUCUGCCACCACACUGCGAGAGCGUCAGUGAUGAGUUUUGCCAUCAUCAGCCUCUCUUCUCUGUCAUGGCCAGAGCUGGACAGACGGCCGUCUUCACCAGCCCCCGGGGCCUUCAGUCUGACGUAACUUCCAACAUCUUCCAACACGUGAAGACCCUGGACAGAAACGCAUUGAUGGAUGUUUUUUUUUUUUUUUUUUUUUUUUUUUUUUUUUUUUUUUUUUUUUUUU